CCUCAUGUGAGUCGCCUGCCCCUGGAGACAGAUUUAGAGCGUCUCUCCACACACCACCUCAAGUGAUUCAGAUUGAAAGUUGUUUCAAUUUGCUUCAGUCGAAAGUGACACUGUGCUGAUUUGUGCUCCCCAGACUGGAAUGAACGACUAGCUCCCUCUGGACGAAGCUUACUAAGCAGCUCUAACUCUAGUAGAGGCAUGGGCUGUGCGGCCUCCAAAGCAGUGCCCCCGGCGCCCAGUUCUACCGAGUCAGUACCCAAGCCAGUAGCCUUCGAAAUACCCAUAGAAGAAUCGGAAGAUAACAGCAAAGUGAAAAAACCACCACCGCAAUUGUUACAGAGAUUAGAAGAGCAAAGUAACCUCACAGCUGAGGAGAUUAAAGAAAAACAGAAGAAAGCAGAAGAAAGAAGGCUGAUGAUUCUAGAAGAAAAAUGCAGGAUAGCACGUGAAUCUCAAAAAGUAUUCAACAAGAAUGGUGAAAAUGCACAAAAUGGUGAAAAUAAGCAGAAUGGUGAAGCUACAGAGAAAGAGAAAGAGGAAGGUGCAAGCUGAAUUUUGCGAUUUUUUGGCUUUCGUGACAAGUGGACUGAAUUGCAGAAAUGCAGAGAGAUUUUGAAGAAAAGUAUUUAUUGAAAAUAUGUGAUAUGGACAUUUUUGUGCCUUGGAUUUAUUUUCGAGUUUUUCUUAUGAAGUGUGGAACGCGUCUUCGAAAUAUAUUAACGGAUUAUGACAGUCGAACAUUUGCUAAUUCCGUUUACUUUUGGAAUUUUUCAUUUUUUGAAGAAAUUACUUGUUCAAUAUCAUAUUAAAAAAAUACAGCUUCAAGUGUAUAAUAAUGCUCCCAUUUUAAUAAAUUUAUGUAAAUAUAUUUCACCAUAUAUUGUUAUUUAAAAUAUUAUUUGAUGUAAAAAAAAGCAAUAAGAAUUAAAAUAGAGUUUUGCGUCAGUGUUGAAGAUAAAAGUUGUAUUAUACACUGACUUAUAUGUUGAUUGUGAAAUAUUAUAUAAGGUCUGUAUAACAUUUUGUGUAAUACUGUAUUUAUUUUCAUUUUAAUAAAAUAAAAUCAUAAAUUUGAAUGAUUAAAAAUGCACGUGAAAUU